AAAACACUACACAACCGAGAGGAUUUGUGGUUUGCCUUUUUCGCACAAGAACACCCCUCACACAAUCCGUUGAACUUGGAUCUAUAGCGGGGGGAAAAAAAAUCCACCCUCAGUUCUGUACGGUGUGGAAUCGGACCUAUUACAUUUUUUUCCUGUUCUCUGGAAGGCGAAGGGAAAGAAAAUGAAGUUUCUUGUUGCUUGUUUUGUGGCGCUGCAGCUGUUGAUUGUGACGGAAAUCCAGAGUUUUGACUUUGUUGUGGAAGAAGACUCGGAGAAACUGGCAGAACUGUUUGACUGGGAGACCAGGGGCUUCAUCUUAAGCCCCCAGCUGCGAAGGAGCAGAUUUCAGAGAGGUACCUCUGACUCUGAAGAUGAGGAAGAAUUGCUUCUCGGUGAUGACAAAAUCAUCCUCCACAGCUACAAGAUCCAGUCCACCAUCACGUCCCGCAUGGCCAACACGAUGGUCCAGACCAAAGUGGAAAACAGAGCCAAGCACUCGCAGAAUCUGGUCUUCGAUGUCCAGGUCCCCAAAGAGGCUUUUAUCCACAAUUUUACAAUGAACGUCAACGGUAUCACAUUUACUAGUUCAAUUAAGGAAAAAUCAGCCGCUCGAAGUCAGUACGCCCAGGCGAGGGCCAAAGGCAAAGCUGCGGCAAUCCUCAGGAGCAAUGCUUUUGACAUGGAGAACUUCAAAGCCGAACUCAACGUCCCAAGUGGAACCAAAGUCCAGUUUGAAAUUUAUUACCAAGAGUCCAUCCGGAGGAAAUUAUCAACCUAUGAGCAUGUUAUCCCAGUGCAGCCAGGAAGGCUGGCAAAACAUUUGGAGGUUAAUGUCCACAUUAUCGAACCACAGGGGAUUAGUUUCGUCCACGUUCCUAACAUCCUUGGUGAGCAGUUUACCGACGCAGUUACAGUCAACAAAGGAGAGAAAAAGGCACACGUGUCCUUCAAACCGAGCCUGGCCCAGCAACGGAAGUGCUCCAAUUGCACCACCACAGCUGUGGAGGGCAACCUUGUGGUGACCUAUGAUGUCAACAGGGAUACGAAAGCUGGAGAGCUGGAGGUCUUCAAUGGGUAUUUUGUCCACUACUUCGCUCCAGAUAACUUGGAUCCUCUGCCGAAAAACAUCCUGUUUGUCAUCGACGUCAGCGGCUCCAUGUGGGGAAUAAAAAUGAAACAGACCGUCGAAGCGAUGAAGACCAUCCUGGGUGACCUCCGAUCCGAUGACCAGUUUUCCAUCCUGGACUUCAACCACAAUGUCCGGUGCUGGAGGGACAGUUUGGUGCAAGCCUCCAAAAUCCAGACAGAAGCAGCCAAGAAGUAUAUUGAAGGAAUCCACCCCAAUGGAGGAACCAACAUCAACGAUGCCCUUCUCCGGGCCAUGUUUAUUUUAAAUGAAGCCAACGCUUUGGGGAUGUUGGAUCCAAGUUCUGUCUCCAUGAUAAUAUUGGUUUCGGAUGGAGACCCAACUGUUGGAGAACUGAAACUGCCAACGAUUCAGAAAAAUGUGAAGAAGCAUAACCGGGAUGAUAUCUCUUUGUUCUGUCUCGGAAUCGGCUUUGAUGUGGACUAUGAUUUUCUGAAGAGGUUGGCGACUGAAAACAACGGAGCCGCACAAAGGAUCUUCGGGAAUCAAGAGACCUCUUCCCAAAUGAAGAAAUUCUACAACCAGGUUUCUACCCCGCUUCUCAAAAAACUGGACUUCAACUAUCCGGAAGGCUUGGUGUCUGACGUAACCCAGAGCAGCUUCCAACAUUAUUUUGGAGGGUCAGAGAUUGUGGUGUCGGGAAAAGUUGACACUGAAAAUGUGCAGCAUUUGCAGAGCAUGGUAACAGCCACAGCGUCCAAUGCGCAGUUAAUCUUGGAGACCCUGGCAGAUGUUGAGGGAUUGGAUGAGUUCCUGUACAAGGAUAAGCACGCCGAUCCCAAAUUCACGGAAAAGUUGUGGGCCUACCUGACUGUCAACCAACUCAUGGCUGAAAGAAACGUGGCUCCUUCUGCGGCCGUGAAAAGGAACAUCACCAAGGCCAUUUUGCAAAUGUCGCUGGAUCAUCACAUUGUGACCCCCUACACAGCUAUGCUCAUUGAGAGCCCAGAUGGGGAUGAGAUGAUGCUAGCCGACUCCCCUCAGGACCGCAAGAGAGCCUGUUGCCCAGGUGCUCUAACCAUUGGACAGCCCAAGCCCGAGAAACCCAUCCCUGCUUGGUCUCGGCACGGCUCCAAAGACCCACAAUCAGCACUUAUGGGUCCAACUGCAGCAGCUGUACAUACAGGGCCCAUAGUUAUUGGCCAAGAACCAACAGACAACUCCAUUCCAUCCUGGGCGAAGCCCACAAAGAAAUCUGGAGGUCCUUUACCUGCUAUUAUGGGUCCAACCUCUGCCAUAGAUGCAGGAUCUUUCAUUUUAGGGCACCAAAAACCUGGUAAUUCCAGCAUCUUGUCCAAGAACCCAGAUGACGCCAAGAGAAUACAUUCAGUGGACAACGAUCCCCAUUUCAUCAUCACCCUCCCAAGGCAACAGAAGAACAUCUGCUUCAAUAUUGACUCUCAACCUGGGGCCAUCCUGAGUUUAAUUUCAGACGCCGAGUCCAUGGAUAACGAUCCCCAUUUCAUCAUCACCCUCCCAAGGCAACAGAAGAACAUCUGCUUCAAUAUUGACUCUCAACCUGGGGCCAUCCUGAGUUUAAUUUCAGACGCCGAGUCCAGUAAGAGAAAUGCACAAUCGGUGCUGGGUUAA